AUGGCGACCGCAGCGUCUAAUCACUACAGCAUCCUCACCUCCAGCGCAUCCAUCGUGCACUCGGAGCCCGGCAGCAUGCAGCAAGCCACGGCGUACCGGGACGCGCAGAGCCUGUUGCAGAGCGACUAUCCGCUGCAGAGCAACAGCCAUACGCUCAGCCACGCUCACCAGUGGAUCACCGCGCUGUCCCACGGAGGGGAAGCCCCGUGGUCCUCCAGCCCGCUUGGCACGGAGCAGGACAUAAAACCCGCGGUGCAGGGCGCCCGGGACGAGAUGCACAACUCCAGCAGCAACCUGCAGCACCAGUCUCGGCCACCCCACCUGGUGCACCAGACGCAUGGGAACCACCACGACGGCCGGGCGUGGAGAACCACCACCGCAGCGCACAUACCGAGCAUGGCGACGACGAACGGCCAAAGCCUUAUUUACUCCCAGCCGGGUUUCAGCGUCAACGGGCUGAUCCCGGGCAGCGGGCAGGGGAUGCACCACCACAACCUAAGAGACAGUCAUGACGAGCACCACAGCCCGCACCUCAGCGAACACGGCCACCCGCCGUCCCAGCAUCAGCACCAGCACCGGCCACAGAGCCACCACGACCACUCGGACGAGGAUACGCCGACCUCGGACGACCUGGAGCAGUUUGCGAAGCAGUUCAAACAGAGGAGGAUCAAGUUGGGCUUUACGCAGGCGGACGUGGGACUCGCCCUGGGGACCCUGUACGGAAACGUAUUUUCCCAAACCACCAUUUGCAGGUUUGAGGCCCUACAGCUCAGCUUCAAAAACAUGUGCAAGCUGAAGCCUCUGUUGAACAAGUGGUUGGAGGAGGCGGACUCCACCUCGGGCAGCCCGACCAGCCUGGACAAAAUAGCGGCGCAAGGGAGAAAAAGAAAAAAACGGACUUCAAUCGAGGUAAGCGUAAAGGGAGCUUUGGAGAGUCAUUUUUUGAAGUGCCCUAAACCGGCAGCGUCGGAAAUAAUCGGCCUGGCGGACAGUCUGCACCUGGAGAAAGAAGUAGUGAGGGUUUGGUUUUGUAACAGGAGACAGAAGGAGAAACGCAUGACCCCUCCCGGAGCUCUGCCAGGGAGCGAGGAUGUGUACGGGGACACGCCGCCUCAUCACGGGGUCCAGACCCCGAUCCAAUGAACUCUACCGGACCCUCCAGGACACGUUUCUCCUUUUUUAUUUAUCCCCAUGGUUAUAUAUAAAUCACUGGACUAUGAGACGCUAUAGUGGGUGUUUUAUGUAUAAUAGAUUGCAGUGAGUACUCACACAAUAUCUGCAGUGAAUAUCUGAAAAACGGAAAAAGAGUAAGGGGAGGACAGGACAUGUUUUUCCUCUCCCAGAGCUAAAGGAACAUAAGCCUGUGUUGUGUUCUUCAAGGAUACAAGCCCAGCACUGUGACUCCAGUCGACGCAGUUUCAAGGUGUAGCCCCUAUUGUGUAUUGAAAUUAUACUUGACGAAAAAUAGGGAGGGGGAGGAGGGAUCCCAGGUUUUAGAGGAAAAGCUUAGCUGAAUGGUUUCCAUUCGCCACUUUUAUAUCGAAUCACAAAAACACAUGUUCCUGUGCGUAAAAGGGAAAACAAAUGCAAAGGCGUUUAGUUUUGUAGCUCUAAACUGUGCGUCCAGCAGUGAUGGGUGGGUGGGUGGUGCAGGGGGGGAAGGGGGUGCAGUUGGGGAGGGGGGGGGGGGGUCAAAGGAGCUGCGUUAAUGGAGUAAACUAAAGGCCAGUAAAGGCUGCAGCCCCAGUCCAGUGGAGUCCAGCUGAGGGUGAGCAUCGCCUGAGUCCCAUCUGUCAGCCAGGCAGCACAGAGCCGCUUUACAUUCAGAGCACUGCUGGGAAGCUGCAGGCCAUUCAGCUCUUAUUUAUUCUGUGAACGCCGAGGUCAGGAUUUACUUAUCAGCACAGAUUACUCUUGUUAUUAUGAUAUAGUUUUUUGCAGCUCUUUGGCAAACUCUUUUCAACAUCAGUCCCGAAGGCAUUUAGGUGGUAAAUAUUAUCGUGUGACCUCUGUUAUAAGUAGAAAAAAGCAGAAUAAACAAAAGGUCCUGUUAUAUUUUUCAAAAAUAUGCGCCAAAUAAUAGUUCUCCCCCCCCUCUCAGAGAGUCUCCCAGCUGCAGGAAGGGCUCCGUGGCUACUGAAUGGAUUAUCUGGCACUUUUCCACAGCAGGAUGGGCUAAAGAUAUAUAUCUACAAAAGUAUAUGUCACCUACUCUCACAGAACAUUUGGAUCCACUUUUGUAAAUAUUGUAUAACUUUAAAAGUCAUAGAUUCAUCCUUUUUUUUUUCUUUCUUCACUGGGGCACUUUUUUUGGAUUUUUUUUUCAUAAAAGAAAAAAAAGACAAAAAAAAAAAACAAGCAGGUUGAGUUUUUUUUUUUUAAUCCAGUCUCAUUCACACCCUACCUAUUGCCUUGUAUCUGUGUGCUAUUUAACGUUCAUUUUGUUGCCGAACAUUUGCUCGAGAAUACUUUUAUAUUUUUAUGCAGCGCAUUUUACUGUCAGUCAAAGAUGAUUUCAGUUAAUGUGAAAUCAAUUUCAUUUGUUAUUUUUUUCUAUGGAGUUCUGACUUACCAUUUAAUUCCCGCACAGAAAUUCCAUAGGUUAGUGUUUCCAAUCAAAAUAAAGUGCUUAGAGGACUAAAUUCAGAUUAAUCAUUACACUGUUGGAGAAAACUGUCCUCAAUAAAUCAGAUCUAGAGAAUUAAAGUAGGAAAUCAUCAUUUAGAGAUAAAACAAAAUUAAAUAAGGCCUUUUAAAAUUCUCCUAAACUGGUUUAAAUGACACUCCAAAAAUCGCAGCAUAGGAUCAAACUUUUCUUUAUUAUUAUUAUUAUUAUUAUUAUUAUUAUUAUUAUUAUUAUUAUUAUUAUUAUUAUUUACAAGGUGCUGUUUUAAUGUUUGUGAGGUCGUUGCCAUGUAUUUCAUUUCAGCCAUUUUGUCCAUCUGUGUGAUUGUUGCUUUAUUUCAUCGGGGGACUUUUUCCUGGUAGACAUUUGACUUUAUUUUUUAGUCUUGUUAAUGAGAUUGUAAUUUAUUAUACAAUGGCUUUCAUAGAUGACACAAAGUGCGAGAUAUAUAUGAAAUGACACUGAGGGGGGCUUUUGUUUUGUAGGGGAGAAGAGAGACAUAUUUUGUUGUUUUAUCAGCGGGAUUGCCACAGCCUGGACCGUCACAGCUACAUGUAUAUACAUCUUUUUUUUUACCCGUUCAAUCGCUCGUUUUCGUUUCAUGCAAACUCUAAAAAAAAAACCCAAUGGAAUUUGUUCUUUUUUUCCUCAUAUGUGAAAACUGUUUUAUUUCCUCUUUCUGAUUUGUGUUUCUCCUGCAGAAAAAAAAAUUAAGCAGACAAGAUCUUGGCAGCGAAAUCUUUCCUUAGUAGCUUUAAUGAAUCCAUCCAACUUAUAAUUCACUGCAAACUGAAGUUGUGGGAUGUAGACCUGUAGCAAUCCGACGCUGUUUUUCUUCUUAUUAUUUUUUCUCCAUUGCUUGUUAAAGCAGCCGUGUGGUUUUGGGGGGGUGUAGGCUGUGUCAUAUUCACUGGAUGAACUUGGGGUAGAUUAAGCAGAGGUGAGAAACGCCUGUAGGUGUUUCAUCCUUCUACACAUGAAUAACGGACUUGCACAUUUUUAAAUAAUGGGGUUGAUAUUAAACAGCUUUUUUCCAACGUCGAGCCUAAAUGUAUUUUUUUUAACUCUUCUGAGCUGGAUGCUGCUGCAGAUCACGGUCUGUCUGACUUUUGUGCUGUUUAAAAAAAACAACAAAAAAUCAAAAAAGAAGAAACACUUCUUUCCUUCAGCUUGGUGGUUUGGGUUGAAUUAAUAGCUGGGAGAAAAUCAGGGGUUGAUGGAUGAGAGAUUGUGAGCCGAUGAUGUGCUGCUUCUGCUCCGGGCUGCUUUUAAAUGCACUGCCUUUGGCUGGGAAAACACAACCACCAUCCAGGCUGAAUGAGGGGCUUCCAAAAGUGUGGUCCGAGGAUCAAUAGUGGCCCUAAAAAUAGAUCUGCCAUGCUUAUUUAAACGCUAUUUUAUGUGACACUAAAUGGAUUUCACUUUUACACUCUAAUGUGAUUUUACUACGACGUUUAAAAUGUAUUAUGAGCGAGUAGUUUCUUGAUUUCUUGUUUUUAAAAAGACACACUUCAUUCCUGAUUUGUCCAAGAAAAAACAAAAACAAAAAAUUAAUCACCUUUUGACCUCAAAUGAAAAAAAAACACGUUUUUUCCACUGAUUGUGUGAUUUAGUGAAUGUUGAGGUUGCUGGUGGAUUUAAAGGGUUUUCAUGUGAACAUAUAUAGGGUUUAAUGUCAGCCUGACAAAUUCCUAGAAGACCCUCUCGUAAAAAGCAGUGUUUCUGUUGGGACUCAUAAUAACAGUGAUGGUGACAGUGGUGACCCUGAUGGUAUUUUUCUAUUCCCUGUGCUCUGUCAUUUCUCUCCUCUAUUCCCACAGGAACACUAGCUGUGAUAUUUGUGAGAGCUUCUCUCUCUAAAACACACUUUGAUUCAUUUCAUUUUUUAAGAUUACAACCCCAGCAAAAUGCAAAACUCGCUCACUUACCCCCUGACUCCUCCGUAUUGGUUUUAUUUUCUUUAACAGUAUUUGCAAUAUUCCCGAUCCUUCCUCUAAGUCUUCCAAACAAGAUGCUGAUAGCUGCACAAAGUGUGAACAGAUGAGUGUGUGUGUGGAUAAAGUGAAAAUGAGAUUUACACGCCUCAGCACUAUUAGGCAAACCAUGCAGGAUUGAUUGGGAAUCGAUUAGUCGAACGGUUAUUGGUGGCUUCCGCUGGGCCUAAUUGAUUUGAUCACAAACAGUAAAAGUAUGUUGAAGAUUAGUAUUUUCACUAAUGUAACCAUGUAAAUAAUUUCUAUAGGGCUUUGAGUGUGUGUGUGUGGAUAAUCCAACCAUGUCAUUGGCUUCGGAUUUAAAAAAAAUAUAUGUAUAUAUUAGAUAAAUAAUGAUUGAUUUGUGGUAAAAUAUUGACAAAAAAAUGUUCGCUUUCCUUUCAGAAAAUGUUGCGCAACGUCCUCCAGUCUGUAGGGUUAGAGAAAGGUCUUACAGCAGCUUCCCCUAAUUGCUUUAGUGCUCCUAUUGAACCUCAUUGUAUUUUCAUCAGCUGCAGUAUGGUUAGUUUACCUCUGUAUGGCAUUUUAAGCACAGUCAAUAUCAGCCCUAUACAAAGAAGAGUAUCAUGUCCACAUCCUGUUUUCUCACAGCUGCUGAGGAGUGAGAGACACGGCCCCCUCUCUGCAUCUGCACGGCUCGUCGUUUGACCUGCCAUUUGGACGAAAUGACACCCGGAUACCGAGCCCCCUUUCCCCGGAGCUCUGAAGUCGAAAUUUUGUUCGAGUUCCGCCCUCGCGCCCUUCAUCCGCUCUCCUGCAGAUGAAUUAACAGCGCGUCGCGUUAAUUAAAGCUUCCUUUUUAUUUAGGUGACUUCAAAUUUCCCAUCAGGCUCUCGGGGAGGAGUGAAAACACUCACUCUUGUCUGUCUGCUUUGCUGUGGAGCUGAGCUGAGGAGACGCACAAAGAGGGGGGGAUAGUCGGUGCUCUAGCGCCAUCUAGCGACGCCAGCAUCACGUCAGGGUGAGUCCAAGCUGCUGUGUCAUUUUAGCUCCUGUGAAGGUUACUACUAAGUGAUAUUGGCUGUUCAAUUCCUGGUAAAAUCAUGAGCUCAUGAUUAAAUAUACACAAUAACUAUGUGUAUAAUCUGAUAGAGUGUUUAGUGAUUACAAAUAAGAAACAUUGGAGAUCAAGAACUAGAGUAAAGCUAAUAGACAAUACUGUACAAAUAAACAGAGAGGUCAGCAGGCUGAGACACCAGAGGUCAAUAUUACACAUGUCCAAACUUAAACAGGAAGAGCUGUCUCUACUAUUGGAACUAUUGGAACAUGAAAUCAGAGCUGCAGUAUAUUUAUUAUUAGUUAGUUAUUUUUAUCUGUAUUAGGUAUUUUUUGCUGUUAAAAAUCACAAUCAUAAAGUUCGUUUUACUUUUGACUCCCUACGUUCAGAGUUAAAGACUGAAAACUUUCAUCUUUAGUCGAUGGGUUUUAUGGUAAAUAUUUAUUUUCCGUAGGUGACCAGCAUGCAAAACAUUAAACCUAAAGUACAACAUAGAGACAUGAAUUGUUUGUUAAAGAUGAAUGGAUAAACACAAUACAUACUUUGGAUAUUAAAAGGGGGAAAAUGGGAUAAAAGUUAAUUUUUUAUAGUGCCCAUUGGGACGUUAUCUAUUUCUGUCACUUUGGUUUGGAAGCAGAUUUCUGCAGCUAUUUCAUGUCUGUGAUUUUGCUGUUUAAAAGUUUUUUACAAGGGCAAAAAAGCUUUCUCAAGAUUCACCAAGAUACUUUUUUUCCCACUUUGAAGUAAUAUGAAGCGUCAGAAUAUAAAAACUGUGAAUAAUUCCAAUUUCUGGUAAUGUGUAAUUAAAUUAGACACAAGAUGUAUCAGUUUAAAACAGUUAAUCACUAAAAAUCAUCACAUUGAAUAAAAACGCAGACCUGAAAACUAAUAGAAAUACUCUAUAAAAAUCUGUUCCAUUCAGAAAAUCUUCAGGAACUUGAAAAAAUAACUUUGAAACUUUAAAGAGGUCAUAUGCUAAGCGACAUUUUCUUCCACUAAAAGUCAAAACAAGCCAACAAAAAGUCCUGUUUGUUUCAGAGCACGGCGGUACUUUCUCCGUAUUUUCCCGAGAAAGCACUGCUGUGUAGUUUUAGUGUAACUAACAUUAUAACAAGCUGUCAAAGGGUUGAAAUAUCCAGACAAACACAUCCUUUUCCAGCUUUUCAAAUCAAAACUGAAUCUCUCAAUGUUUUGGACCACUGGUCGGACAAAAUAAGCACUAGGCCCUUUCCAUGUGACAUGUCAGAGGAAAAUUACAAGUGUGAAGAGGAAACGUAUGAUGGCUGGAUGCUUUUUUUCGCUUCUUCAGUUUUGUAGUCCUGACAAUUUCCAUGCUGGCUGUCAUCACUCGAGGCCCAGCUGUAAACUCAUCACACUAACCUCCAAGCUGAUUUUACAGACCUUUAACUUCACACUGCAAGGAUUUGUGUUUCAUUGCAAAGUGCUUCUAAGAAAUCCAAAAUUUUGAAGGUGAAGGAACAUCCUGGUAUUCAAAGCCUGUUCAGGCAAGCAGGUAACAUCCUGCGGGGGCAUCAGUAUAAACUGUCUGAAGCUUCUGUGAUACACACGUUUAUCAGGCGAUCAGGAUUACUCUCCGCUGACUCCUUGGAAACAUUAAAGAGACUCCAGCUGUAAGUGUAUCUGUUUAAUUCUAAUGCUGUUGAUGGACAGAGGCGACAAAGCGCCUCCAGCAAUAGGUAAUGAAGUAAGACGCACCAUGUGUCCAGGUGUGGUCAAAACGAAAGGCUGACUCAGCAAAAACAGGAUGAAAAAAAAAGUGAUUUGUAGUUAUCAGAUGUAGAAGCAUGUUAGAAAAACGACGAAUAAAAGCGUGAUUGAACAGCAGGCAGGAAUACAUGUUUGUUUGAAGACAAAUUCAGGAUCACAAGCUGUUAUUCAACAUCAGGUGUAACAACACAAUGUUCCACGAUGAUUUCCUGAGGCUUAAUUAAUUUUGAAUGAUCGGAUGUUUUUGUGACAAACUUUAUUUAACCCUCCUGAGAUCUCAAUCCCAUAUCUUUGCAGAAAGUUUCCCUGUCAAACAUCUUGUCCAUCUCAGCUUGGUGUGAAGAUGAAUCAGCCUUCUGUAUCAAUCACUCCUUCAAUCUGUCUUUCUCUCUUUACUCCCUCCUCCCCUCUUCCUCCUGCCCCCCACCACACACACAGAUAACAAUGAUACACUCACACAAGCUGAACAUAAUUCCACCAUUUGACAUUGUUGUUCUUCAAUCUCACUCAGAUGCAUCGCAGCUAAUUACACUCUGCACACUUAAGUACACAAAUGCGUGUGUGCGUUCAUUUGUAAACCAGUUAUUGUUUAAUUAUAACUUCACAUGAACUUUGCUGAUCAGUGGGGCGAAUCGUGUCUCCCCCUCAGCGCAUAAUUAUUCAGGCUGUAAUUGCUCGGCCUGUUUGUGGAACAUCCUCGUCUCUAGGCAAGGCCAUCUCACACAGCUUCUGUGCCUGAUCCCGUUUGAGGAUGUCCAGGAGGAUCUGAGAGGCUCAGGACUGCAGAGAGGACAUGAGGCUUUAGAUGGAUGACUGUCAGAGAAGUUUAAUGAGAUUUUUCCAGUGAGGAAAGAUUUGAAGUUGUAGUCCACUCAUUUCAGUAGAACAUACAAAUUCAUUAAAAAAAUAUGAGCAAAAACUUAAAUUUAAAAUCCAUUAAGAGGCCGUUUGAGGCUUUCAUCCAACCAGCUUGAAUCAAGCCAGAUGUUACAGGGAGAGGCACCUCAGUUUGCUGAUUAGCUUCAAACACAACAGUGAGUCGACCUUAC